GCUACCUCAACAAGAAGCCAGGCAUGCUCGCCAAGUUGAAGGAGCACUGUCAGAAGGAGGGCAAGAAGCGCGAGGGCGCAGUCUUGACCCAAAACCGUCGCAUCUUGUCGCAGAUCAAGCUCGAGCCCUUCGAGCGUCGUGAGCUCAUGGCCGCCGGUGAGGACGAGGAGGACGACGACGAGGGCAGCUUCUCCUGCACACCCUGCGACAUGCUCACUGGUCAAUCCGACUCUGCUCGUCAGUACCUGGAGGAAUUGCAGGUCAACAUGGAUGCUAAGGAAGCUGGUGACCCCAACUGGUGCGCAGCGGACUACGAAAACUACAAGGCCAUCUGCUUGGACAAGCCAGACUGCUGCGCCGCUCCGCCAGAGGCUCCUUACAACGAGACCGAACGUAUGGGUCCUAUGGGAGGUCCGAUGCCGAUGAACCCGAAUGUUCCGAUGUUGCGUCAAUUGAGUGGUGGAUUCGGCGGGGCUUUCCUGUCGACGACCGGCUCUUUCACUCUCAGCUCGGGAGGUGCUGGAGCUGCGAUGGGCUUCUCUCCGCCAGCUGUGUAUACCUGCGAUGCGCCGCCAGUUGCCCCAAUGCGACGAGGAUGGAUGAUGUCUGGGCCGGUCACCUUUAGUCCGUCGAACUCUGGAGGGAAUUCGCGUGCGCUCUCUGAAGUCGGAGUUUUUAUGUUGGAAAAGUUCACUCUGGAGUUGACCUUGGACGUAAUAAACUUCAUCUCAGUAACGUUCUAAGAUGUGUUAGAGCAAGGACGAAUCAAGACGUAGAGGACUUCUUCCAAGAAGUAAUAUCUUCGUUGUUAUUUUCUUCUUGUCCGUAGACGUAGAGGUAAGUAAGUAUAAAAAAACGUAUCACGUGAGGACUCUGAUGGCAUUCAUCAGAAAACGUAAAAGUAAAAGAAGAUGAUGACAGUUUCUACUUGUACUACUUCUAAUCUUUCCUCCGGCUACAAGAGCCGCCGCAAAGGUAUCAAGCGCAGCUUCACGCCCUACUCUAGUGCGAAUGGACAGGUGGACUCAAAGGGUCGUCGCCUCGAUAUGGAAUUCGGUGCUCCCGGGACCGCUGGUGAUCCCGCUGAUAUGAACUGGGUACCCGAAGCCGGUGAGACGAUCAACUACCAUCGCUGCGCGACUGGCCAGGACAUCGAGAAAGCUGGCGAACAGCCUGAUAUUGAGAUGCCUGGAAUGGAGGCCAUGAACUACGAUCGUCGUCGCUUGGCCUCCAACCCGUUGGCGCACUUCGAACUCCUUCAGCGUGAACGCCACGGACAUCUGUUCAACCGCCACACGGCUCGUGCACGAUCCCUGACGCAGAACACGCAUGGAGUUCCGAUUGACGUGUUCCGUCACAAGAAGAAGGCUGUGCCGUACAAGAUGCGCCUGCGUGCGUUUGAGCGAGAGCGCCUGAACCGCCGUCGCAUGCAGCAGCUGACCUCCGACGACAAGCAGGACCCGGAGCCAACGAUUCACGUUGAUUUAUGACCUGUUUGCGUUGUAGAAUUAUAAUUUCAAUUUCUAGCGGCCUUAGUAUGCAUUUGAAAAGAUGUUUUGAAUUGUGUAAUAAAUCGAUGUUGGGUUUUGUCCGCCCUCUUUUUAUUUGAUAAUUUGUUAGAAGUCAUUACUUAGUGCAGACUCCUCUCUUUCGCAAUCGCAGUUCUUCCCUCUAAUCCUCGGAUCCGGCCGCCGCCUCACGAUGUGGGAUCAAAGCACCUGCGACGCUGCUGUCGAGCCCUCCGUCAUAUAUGAGUGCAUGACUGGCGCUGCUCGUUCUCCCUCUACCGAGAUGCAGUCGCCGAACAACUUGAACACCGCUGCUGGGGCACCGAAGCCGCAGAAGAACUCGGUGCAGAAGCCAUUGACCUUUGUGUCCUUCGUCAACCGUGCCAUGUCCGACGGCGAGGGAGGCCUGCCAGCGUGCCAGAAGCUGCCAUUGGAGGAGCGCAAGAUGCCGAUGAUGGGCGCCACCUCGAACUUCGAUUUGGACCCUACGAACACCUACGCGCACAACUUGGCUGCCGAUACCAUGGGACCCGGCUGCAUCAAGAAGUGCGGCUGCCACUUUGUCGGCAUGCUUCCCAAUGGAGAAUCGGUCUUGGCCAACGUGUGCAAGCACAAGAAUGAGCAGGAGUGUCCCUGUAUCAUGCAGAAGAAGGCGUGCCACAAGGCGAUCUUGGAGACCUGGCGCUCCAUGGGCGGUUACGAGCCAGUCCACAAGCCGGCUGGCGACUCUACGCCGACUCAACGUCGCGCCCGGCGCUUGCAGCAGCGCCGAUCCUUGAGGACUCACCGAUUGGACACCAACAACUUCCGCCGAUUGGCACGAUCGGAUGUCAAGCUGUUGAAGCACGAGAACAAGUACUACUAAAGUUGAACUUUAAAAAAAGUUUGAAUAGAUCCUUGUUGUGUUGAGCUGUUGAAGCACGAGAACAAGUACUACUAAAAUUGAAAUUCUUCUAAAAGUUCAUCUAAAAGUUUUAAAGAUAGAUCCUUGUUGUGAUCUAAAAAAUCUAAAACGCGAUCUUCAGGCAUGGUCAGCCACUGAUAUAUUUCUUUUUGUCUCCCACUCUUCCAGGAUGCGUCGCGAGCGCCGUGCUCUCCGCAUGAAGCGCAUGUUGGGCGAGCGCAAGUUGGACGAGAUCGAGACCUUCGAGAAGCAGUUCUACAACCUGUUCGGUCGCCGUCAUCGUUCUAUGCGUGUCCUGACCGGCAAGCCAGGCCAGCGCUUCCGCAACUUGAAGAUGAUCGAAAACUACCAUACCAAUGUCCGCCGCCUCCGUCGUGAGCGCCGUGAACGUCGUAAGCUGUCUGCUGCGUCCACUCAGCAUCCUUAAGGAUCAUCUAAUUGUGAUUCAUCUUUCUACUUGGCCGCAUCCUUGUACUAAAGAGUAUUCCACUUGAUGAAUACAACUACAAUGUAGAUGCAACCCGCAAGAGAUGAAUACAAAUUGGAUAGCCCUUCUAAGAUCCGGCCUUCAGCACGAUGUAUCCAAACGACGACUUCGCGCAUCCGGGAGAGCCGACUCCUCUCGGUGUCGUCAUGGCCAACCCCGGACAACCAGGUGGCACUGCAGCUCCGUACACGAACUUUCCGAUCGCAGGUGUUCCUGGCACUGGUGUCAGCUCGACCACGCCGCCGCCGACCUACGUCGAGGCACACGCUCCGACCAUGUACACGACGCCGCCGGUGAAUCCGGGGGAAGUCCCGGGCGUGUCCUCCUCGGUCUUGAUGGCCACGUCCCCGGCUCCGAUGUACUACGGCCCCAACGGCGGCGCCAGCAUGGAUAUCACGCAGGUGGUGAAUCACAACUUGUUCGACCAGGCCAGUUCCAAGUUCUACUCGCUUGUGAUGGUCAGCGUGAACACGACCACUGACGUCACGGCUUGGCAGUCGCACGACUUGUGCUACCUUGCCGUGAUGUGGAAGUCGAACUCGACGGCGAUUGGCCCAGACGGCCUGCCAGCCGACCGCAUCCAAGAGUGCAUCCAGGCCGUCAAGUACGAUCCGGAGUACUAUUAAGGGUAGGUUAAAGGUGCUUUUCUUACCGCUUUUUAUGGCUUCCUUAAGAGCGACAGGCAUAAAAAGCGGGAUAGACGAGCACCAAAAACCUACCGCUAAUACUACGGCUACUCUCCCGUCCUCUUCGAGGAGUACCACGCGGGCAACGCCUUCUGCCCCGACCCGGAAGACCUGGAGGACCCGGACUUUCCGUCCGGUUUGAAGGACAUCCUCCAGAACGGCCACUACGACAACGGCCAGGGCAGCAUCGAUAACGGCAUGAACAUGAUGGAGGACCUGCAGCCUGGCAUGAUCUGCGAGCAUGGUAUUCCGGUCCCGGAUGACGCCUUCGAUGAGGCGGAGAUGGAUGACGAUGCCCGCGAGCCGCCACCGGCUGAGGUGAAGGAGGCCGCCUGCGGGAACGAGUGCGUGAACCCUGGGGACGGAUCCAUGAAGGCGGAGCUGAUGCAGCACGCUGACAGCUUCAAGCACAUGCCGGAGACCUGCUUGGAGUUCACCAAGAUGUACCUGGGCUUGCCGGACUACGACCCGGACACAGGUAUGACUACUGAAGCCGUGCCCAAGGACUACUGCGGAGAGUUCCACGACAUGAACGUCGGUUACUUGAUGGAGUACGAGAUCUCCAUGGCCUUCUCUCAUGGCGAGUUCAAGCGUGGCGAGAUGCGUCACCCGGCAUUGGCGGACUACGUGCACGAAGUCGAAGUGCGUCCUUGUGUGUCCAAGGGCGUCAAGGAGCGCGCUCACUUGGAGCUGAUGGUGCGCAAGCACGGAGAUGCGGACUUGCAUGAGGCCAUUUACCAUCAGAUCCCAGAGGGUGAGAUGCGCGUCGAACUGCCGAAGAAGAAGGCCGAAUCUGGUGGCUUGUGGAAUGCCCUGAACCCGCCAGAUAAGAGGGACCCAGCCGCUGUUGGCUUCGUC